UUCAUUCGAGCCUCCUUUACGCAAUUCUUCUGUUAAGAGCUCUCUGCUUCCCGCAAAAAACAAACCGGGAGAAAGUUAGAUGAAGAAGCUCUUAAAAUGGCGUUAAUGGCCACAGCACGAUCCGAGUUGCGUAGGUUCCUGAACCGGGCUCCUAGACCGGGUUUCAUCGGCUGCUUCGACUUCAAUAGCUACACCCGGCCGCCAACGCCGCCGAUUAGCCGCGAUUUCUCGUCGUCUUCCUCAGCCGCGGCGGUGGCGGCUCUAAGGGAUCCAAUGGGAUUUGAACCGCUGGGAGUGAAGGAAUAUUUGGAUUAUAGGCGGUCACUUUAUGGAGAGAUCACUCACAAGGCUGUGCUUGUUGACGCUGCCGGCACCCUCUUGGCUCCCUCUCAGCCCAUGGCUCAGAUUUAUAGAGAGAUAGGGGAGAAAUAUGGGGUGCAGUACUCUGAAGCUGAGAUAUUGAACAGAUAUCGAAGGGCAUAUGCUCAGCCUUGGGGUAAAUCUCGUCUCAGAUAUGUGAAUGAUGGGAGACCCUUUUGGCAAUAUAUAGUGAGUUCUUCCACAGGCUGCUCAGAUUCUCAGUAUUUCGAAGAAGUUUAUAACUACUACACCACCAACGAGGCUUGGCAUCUGUGUGAUCCGGAGGCUGAGAAAGUGUUCGAGGCUCUUAGAAAAGCUGGUGUGAAGUUAGCCGUCGUCUCGAAUUUUGACACUCGGUUGAGACCGUUGUUGAGGGCACUGAAUUGCGAACACUGGUUCGAUGCUAUUGCAGUGUCAGCUGAAGUGGAAGCAGAGAAGCCAAAUCCAACAAUAUUUGUAAAAGCAUGUGAGCUGUUGGGGAUAAAACCAGAGGAGGCGGUUCAUGUAGGGGAUGACCGUAGGAAUGAUGUGUGGGGUGCCAGAGACGCCGGUUGUGAUGCUUGGCUCUGGGGUUCCGAUGUUCACUCUUUUAAAGAGGUUGCCCAGAGGAUAGGAGUCCAGGUGUAGGGAGGAUCAUCAUCAAUGCUUGGAACUAAGUGUGUGAAAAAAGGAUAGAUUUUAAGGCUAUACAUACCUUAUGUAUGAGCUAAUUAGGAUAUUAUGUUGAAAAAA